UAAUCAUUCAAUAAACAUUUUCAGUAAACUAUUUCGCUGCGACAGAGAGGUGAGUAGGACCCGACAAGAGUAUCUGGCCAGCACCUCACCAACCAGUACUCUCUUAUUGGCUUCUUUAACUCACAACUUAGCGUAGAAUUCACACAUGCAUCUAUGUAGUCCGUCCACGUUCUCACACACGCAUUGUUUUCCUCUCUCUAAAACUUGGUAAUCCAUGAAAAGCACAGAAUUGACAUUUGAGCUACAAAAAGUGAAAUGAUGAAUUGAAUUAAUUGAAGGCGGUGGGAUCCACGUUUGUGACAUUCCACACAUGGAUAGAAGUUGUAUCACAGUUAGAUUAAGCUGGAAAUGUUUGGUAGCUAGUAACAACUCUCAUCAUCAUACACAACCUUGCGUUACUUAGAAUCUAAAUCUAAACUCUCUCUCCCUAUUUAACCUCUCUCCUCCAACCAAACUCUUAACUCUCUCUUCACCUCAAUCUCUUCCGUUCUGAGAUUGAGAUAUACAUUGUAUUGUAUUAUAUAGAGGUAUAAACAAAUCAACACAAGAAUAUGGGCACAAAUAUAGUUUUGGUGGUUGCUUUGAUCUGCACUGUGUUUGCAUUUGUAGGAGCACAACAACCUCCAAGUCCAACCACCUCUCCAGCACCACCUACUCCUCCUGCUAAUACUCCACCAACCACUCCUCAAGCUUCUCCUCCACCUGUUCAGUCUUCUCCUCCACCUGUCCAGUCUUCUUCUCCUCCACCUGCUCAAUCUUCUCCACCUCCAGUUCAAUCUUCUCCUCCACCUGCUCAAUCUCCUCCACCAGUUCAAUCUUCUCCUCCACCUGUAUCCACUCCACCACCUGUUCCGGCUUCCCCUCCUCCGGCUCCAGUUACUCCUCCACCUGCUUCACCACCACCUGCAUCUCCUCCUCCAUUCUCUCCUCCACCUGCCACUCCACCUCCCGCAACUCCUCCACCUGCAACUCCUCCUCCAGCACUCACACCAACUCCCCUCUCAUCUCCUCCAGCAACUACUCCAGCUCCGGCUCCUGCCAAGGUUAAGAGUAAAGCUCCCACAGUGGCACCCGUAUCCACACCAUCAGAAGCUCCAGCUCCUGGUCCCGGUCUCUCUUCUCUCUCUCCCGCUGUCACUCCCGCCGGCAACGAUGAUAGUGGGGCGGAGAAGAAGAUGGUUGGUUUAGUAUUUGGAUGUGCUUUCCUAUCCUUGAUGUUCUAGAUAUAUCUAUAUCUUCAGACCACAGAUUGUUACUUUCACCUCUCUCUAUAUAUUAUUUUGUUGAUGUGAUAUGGGAGUUUAUUACAUUGUUUGUAUUCUUGGGACAUUCAUUUCAGCGGAGGUUUUGUAUUAAUCCAGACACUUAUUUUGUAUCUCAUUACUGUUACUAUUAGUCUAUUAUUCCUUGUUUUCUUUCA